GCAUUAAAUUCUCUCUCUCUCUUCGCUUCUUCUCGUUCGAAUUCACUUUACUCUCUUCUCCUCUCUAUAUAUCUACCACUCUGAUACCUUCGCCGGAAAAGCUCUCGUUCUCUGUAUCGUCGGUGAAGCUCGACUCUGUUUCCUGCUCUGUACAGAUCUCGAGCCGCAUUUCGUGGAUCUGUGCAAAUCGCGUUUUGAACCUUACUCGAUUAUCGUGUAACCCUAGGGUUUUUGAUUUCUUUUUGGGAGGAGAGGAAGGAAUCAAUGUCUGUGGAGCUUUGAGGAAGUUAUGGUUAGACGUUUGGUUCUGGUUACGCUUCGUAUUGGCCGGAGGAGAGUGUCCGGCGAGGCUGUGAGGGUUUGGUUUCUCCGUUGUUGUUGACUAAUGGUGGUUUUUGAGCUUAGAUAAGAUGCCCAACUUUGCGAUGCUUCUGCUGUUAAUUCUUCUUCUUCACUCCCUCGGCUCGUUUCAUAUAUGUUUUGCUCGGCUGUUUCCAAUGAGCUUGCCAUUUACCCGAUCAAAGACCCAUCAAAUGCAUUUUUUUCAUCCUCAUCUUAAUCCAUCAGUUGCUCCUGCACCUUCACCAGCUUUUUCCCCCAGCCCAAGCCGCAUUCCACCACCAAGGCGCAAGGGUCAUCACCAUCAUCGUCGCUGGCAUUUAAGAGGCAAUGCGACUGCAGUGUCACCUUCUUCACCUGACUGUCAGCAGACAUGUGUAGAGCCUCUCACUUCAACUCCCUUUGGUUCACCUUGUGGUUGUGUCUUCCCCAUGAAAGUUCAGGUUCUACUAAGUGUUGCGCCUUUUUCUAUUUUCCCCGUGACCAACGAGUUAGAAAUUGAGGUUGCUGCUGGAACGUACUUGGAACAAAGCCAGGUGAAAAUAAUGGGUGCCAGUGCCGACAGUGAAAACCAAGGGAAAACAGUGGUGGAUAUUAACCUUGUUCCACUUGGAGAAAAGUUCGACAACACUACAGCAACACUUAUUUAUCAGAGGUUCCGGCACAAGAAAGUACCUCUAAACGAGACUAUUUUUGGUGAUUAUGAGGUUACACACAUAAGUUACCCAGGAAUUCCUUCUUCUUCGCCAAAUGAAGAUCCUACUGCAGAUGCUCCAAGUGCAAGUACUGGGCUUCCAAUCAAUGCAACCUUUACCAACAAAAACCAGGGUAUAGGUUUUAGAACGAUUGCAAUCAUUGCCUUGUCAGGUUUUGUGCUCAUUCUGGUUUUGGUUGGAGCUAUAUCUAUAAUCGUGAAAUGGAAGAAAAUUGGGAAGUCAUCUAAUGCUGUUGGCCCAACUUUGGCUUCAUCGAUUAACAAAAGGCCUGGUGCUGGAUCUAUGUUUUCCAGUAGCGCUAGAAGUUCGGUUUCAGAUUCUUUGAUGUCUUCCAUGGCUACAUGUGCUUUAUCCGUUAAGACCUUCACACUCUCUGAGCUUGAGAAGGCAACUGAUAGAUUCAGUGCUAAAAGGGUUUUGGGAGAGGGCGGAUUUGGUCGUGUUUAUCAGGGGAGCAUGGAAGAUGGAACGGAGGUUGCAGUGAAACUGCUAACUAGGGACAAUCAGAACCGAGACCGGGAAUUCAUUGCAGAAGUCGAGAUGCUAAGCCGUUUGCACCACCGUAAUCUUGUAAAACUGAUUGGAAUAUGCAUUGAAGGCCGUACACGUUGCUUGAUUUAUGAGCUCGUCCACAAUGGGAGUGUCGAGUCCCACUUGCACGAAGGAACGCUUGAUUGGGAUGCACGAUUGAAGAUUGCACUUGGAGCAGCAAGAGGACUGGCUUAUCUCCAUGAAGAUUCAAAUCCCCGAGUAAUCCACCGUGAUUUCAAGGCUAGCAAUGUUCUCCUAGAAGAUGACUUUACCCCAAAAGUCUCUGACUUUGGACUGGCGAGAGAAGCAACCGAAGGAAGUCAACAUAUUUCAACUCGAGUCAUGGGGACCUUUGGGUACGUGGCUCCUGAGUAUGCAAUGACGGGGCAUCUCCUUGUUAAAAGCGAUGUCUAUAGUUACGGUGUGGUUUUACUCGAGCUUCUCACUGGUAGAAGACCGGUAGACAUGUCUCAACCUUCAGGAGAAGAAAACCUUGUGACAUGGGCGAGACCCUUACUAGCCAACAGAGAGGGCCUGGAGCAACUGGUGGACCCUGCAUUGGCUGGAACCUACAACUUUGAUGACAUGGCGAAAGUGGCUGCUAUUGCCUCCAUGUGCGUCCACCAAGAGGUCUCACACAGACCAUUUAUGGGUGAAGUUGUGCAGGCAUUGAAACUUAUAUACAACGAUGCAGAUGAGACCUGUGGUGACUAUUGCAGCCAAAAGGACUCAUCAGUACCAGACUCUGCUGACUUCAAAGGCGAUCUGGCUCCAUCGGAUAGCAGCUGGUGGAAUUUGACACCUCGGUUAAGGUAUGGUCAAGCUUCGUCGUUCAUAACCAUGGAAUAUAGCUCAGGACCGCUAGAAGACAUGGAGAACCGGCCUCACUCUGCCUCUAGCAUUCCAAGAGAAGGAGGGCUUUUUCUACCAAACAGAUCAGGUCCGUUACGGCCCAUGCGUAGUAGAAGAAACUUCUUUAGAUUGAGAGGAAGCAUGAGCGAACACGGUGGACCAUCGUCAUCUAGACAUCUCUGGUCGGGCAAUGGCGACUGGCUCUGAGAAACCAGAAAAUGUACAGUGAAGAAAUGGAAAGAAAAAAAAAAAGAAAAAGAGGGAAGAAAGGCUCACAAACUCUUGAGCUGCAUGGUUAGGUUCUGGUUAAUCCGGUUUGGUUCGGUUGAUGUGGGUAAAGACUUUCUGGUUUGAUUUGUUUUAGGAGCCUUAUUUUUGGUUUUGUUUUUCCUCAAAUAGAUUAAGGGGGUUGUAUUGAAUUCUAAUUUAUCAAGAUUUUUGAAGAGUUCAACAAAAUCAUUAAAAGUGAAUAAGUGAAAUAUUGUUAGAGAUU